AUGUCUUUCCUUCAUAAUCAUUCUUGCGAGUGCGUUAAGUCAGAAUUGGAUUUGUUUGCACUACCGUCUACACAAACAAGCAUUGAAAAUGGAUUGUGGAUUCAUUAUAAACCAAUUUCAUCUCUUGGUGAUGAUGGACCUAUCGAGUUUCAAGUUCCUGGGACCGGUGAUGACUACAUAGAUUUGUCUCAUACAUUACUCCACAUAAAGGCAAAAGUAUUAAAUCAAGAUUCAACUAACUUGGUAUAUACUACAAUAGUAGCACCUGUAAAUAAUUGGCUGCAUUCACUUUUUAGUCAACUUGAUGUUUAUUUAAACCAAAAACUUGUAUCACCACCUAAUAAUACCUAUGCAUAUCGAGCAUACAUGGAAACCCUUUUAAACUAUGCCCCUGCUGCUAAACAAUCUCAUCUUACUUGUAGUCUUUGGUAUGAGGAUACAGCAGGAAAAAUGGAUUCUACAGAUGGUAAAAACAUAGGAUUUGUUAAAAGACAGAAAUUGAUUAGUGAAAGUAAGGAAAUAGAAAUGAUUGGUCAUCUUCACGGUGACAUUUUUAACCAAGAUAAAUUUUUAAUUAAUGGUGUUGAAGUGAGUGUUAAAUUGGUUCGAUCAAGAGAGAGUUUUAAUUUAAUUGUUGGGUCGAACGAUGUAAAGUUUAAAGUUUGCAUUACGGACGCAACUCUUAUUGUGCGACGAGCACGAAUUAAUCCAAGUGUAUUACUCGCACAUCAAAAAGUUUUAGCUUCUACCACUGCUAAAUAUCCUAUUACUCGAGCUGAAGUAAAAGUUUUAACAAUUCCUUCGGGUGUUCAAGGAAAAACUCUUGAUAAUAUAUUUUUAGGACAGGUACCGAAAAGAUGUAUAAUUGGAUUUGUGAACAAUUCUGCAUUUAAUGGUUCCCUUACUAAAAAUCCAUUUAACUUUGAAAACUAUGGUAUUAAUUCUUUCAGCUUAUAUAUUGAUGGUCAACAAAUACCUUCAAAAGCUUUGCAACCAUCUUUUAAUAAUAGCAUAUUUACAUCAGCAUAUCAUACUCUAUUCUCGGGAACUGGUAUUCACUUUCUUAAUGAAGGAAAUGGAAUCUCUUGUGAACAGUAUGGCAAAGGUUACUGUCUAUUAGCAUUUGACUUAACUCCUGAUUUAUCAGCUAACUCAUCAACUCACUGGAAUCUCAUAAAGCAUGGUAGUGUAAGAAUAGAAGUACGAUUUGAAUCCUCAUUAAUACAAACAAUUAACUGUAUAGUUUAUGCUGAGUUUGAUAAUAUUAUUGAGAUAGAUAAAAACAGAAAUGUUACUGUAGACUAUAGUAGUUAA